AUGCCAAAGACCGAACCACAGAGAGGAGGUUUAUAUUCGGCAGAGGAAGAUCAUCAACUUAUAGAAUUAUAUCAAGAGUUCGCAGAUAAAACAAAUAGAUGGAAAAUAAUUGGAGGGAUAUUAAAACGUAAUCAUAAAAGUGUUCGCGAGCGAUAUGUUAAUCAUUUGGACCCAACCAUCAAUAAAAGUAAAGAGUUAACCGAUGAAGAAAAAGCAAAAAUUGAAUCUCUCCUCAGCAAUGAUCAGUCUUAUUAUAAAAAAUGGUCAAAAAUAGCUGAAGAAAUAUCAAUAGACAAGACAUCUCGAAGAACAGAAUUGCAAGUUAAAAACUAUUGGAAUAGCAAACUUCGAAGUCAAGAACGAAGUCUAGAACGCAUUCGAGUUAAGAUGUCAUUGGAGGCCAUCAACAAUAAAGAACCAUUUACAGUUUCAAAAGCAGAAACGCCUCCUGUUCAAACAUGGUUAAAAACUUCUUGGGACGCUCCUCAUUUAUUACUUGAAAUUAUAGAGUCAGUUUCGGCAGAGAACUCUACGGCGUAUUAUCCGCUUAUAAAUGAUUUUAUUAGUCAAGGAUUAUUUUCUCCCAAAUUGACUUAUCAAGAAGUAUACAAAACAGCAUUCGGCGUUAUCGAAUCAAAAAAAUAUUUAUCAACGUCAACGUCCAUAUCACUUCUUGAAUUCGCUCUUUCACUUCACACAACAGCUCCUGCCAUUCAAGCGUAUUACCAUUAUUACGACGCAAAUGUAUUGCCAAGCAGGCAGGAAUUCAAUAAUAAUUUUGAUCCCGAAUGUGACGUUUGGGUUGAUUGGUAUGGUCAUCAAGCUUGUAACAUUGAAGAUUUCAAGAAGUUGAAGUCCGGAAAAUACGAUAUACCUCAUAAUAUUAGCUCCGAUCAGCAUCCAAAACUUUUGCCGUUUGAUCAUGUUUUACUCUCUAAUGAAGAAACCAUAUCACCAUCAAUCAUCUUAUACGCUGAUGUGUUUUCGCCUAAUUUUGCGUCUUUUCAUCAAUUUGUAUCCGAGUUGGUCAGUAAUGAUGAAGCAAAAUAUAUUUUACGAUAUAAACCUCCCAAAGGAAAGCGAGAUAAUUUAUAUCUUACUGGAUACGGUGUGGAGUUGGCAUUAAAAAAUACCGAUUACAUUUCAAUUGAUGACCGUAAAGUUGGAACUGAUGAUCAUGACGAAGGAGAAAGUGAAACCGAAUCAAACCCCGAAUCUAAUAAUGAUUCACGCCUUGAAAUGUUGAGUGAACAUUUGUUUAAUGAGGAUAUAUCCGAAAUUAAGCCACUUAUAACUAACGAAAUCAGGGAACUUGGUUUGAAGGCUGCUCAAUUCAUUAUUUCUUCAUCAGACCCAUUGUCAGCUCUUGCGCAUUUAUCACAAGAUUUACCAAAGUAUUCUUAUCAUAUCGCUCAACUUAGUCUUAAUUCAUCACUUAAAGAUGAGAUCACAAUAAAUAAAAAUUCUCUGAGUUUAAAUACCAAUACUUUUUGGCUCAACGGAUUGAAACUUGUUCCCGAUUCAGUUGAUCCAUUCGGUCUAUUAAAAUUGCUUCGACGCGAGAGACAAAAUAUUUUAUCGCUAAUAAGUCUUGGCAUGAACUCACAACAAGCUGUUGAAUUGCUUGCAUCGCCUGUAAUCUCGGAAUCAAGAUCUUCUCAAGAGCUAACUCAAGGAAUUUUUGAUGUUCGGGAUAAAUCGGAAAAGAAAAAUAUUAUAGUUUGGUUAAACGAUUUAGAAAAAGAUAAAAGAUAUUCUCAUUGGCCAUCUAGGAUUUAUGAUAUAUUUCGACCGGUCUAUCCCGGACAGAUGAGAUAUAUACGUAAAAACUUAUUCAAUGUAUUAUUUGUUAUUGAUCUAUCGUCCAUAAAGAAUCUCAAGGUCUUCACUGAACAAAUAAAAUCGUUCGUUGAAAGGGAUAUUCCAAUACGGUUUGGUAUCAUUCCACUUGUGAAUAAAGAAAACAAUGAAUCCGUAAUGAUGGCAAAGAUUUUUUAUUAUCUUAUUGGUCAGUAUACAAAGUCUUUGACCAUGAAAUUUUUCUCUGAGGUUUCUGAAGAAUUGACGAGUUCACCUUCUAUAUUUGAAAGUGCAAAAAAACAAUUUAACAUUGUUAUAGGUGGUGAAAAGCCAAAAGAUAAAACUUCUAUUAAAUCCUUCGAUGACAUCAUUAAACCUGAUGCUGAAUCCUCACUUGAAGAGCAAAUUCUUGGUGCGACCGAAUUUAUUAGUAGGUUCAGAAUAGACACUAAUGGAAGAGGUGUUAUGUUUAUUAAUGGAAAAUAUUUUGAUAUGGAUGAUAAUUAUCAGAGGAAUAUGGUUCAAACUAUUAAUGAACACACCUCAUUCCUUCAGCAAAAACUGUAUGGUGGCGAAAUUGCGGAUCACACAAAUAUAUUCGAGUAUUUUAUGACUUUACCGAAUGUUCCAUCCAGAAGAAAUCCUUAUGUGUUCGUAACAGAUUUACAGCCCCUGAAGGUUAUUAAUUUAGCAAAUGAAAAAAAUGGAAACAGUGAAAAGUUAAAUAGUUUAGUUUAUGUUCAUCCUGAGGAACGAGGUGAUAAUGAAGUACCUAUUUCAUUAAUACUUAUAACUGACCUUGAUAGUGAAUAUGGAGCUAAGCAAGGAUUGGAAGCUUUGAAAUUUUUGAAUGAAUCACCAAAUGUGCGCAUAGCAUUCAUUCAUAAUCCUUCAACUCAAACUAGUGCUCGUGAAGAUUUAAGUUUAUCAUCUCUUUUUUAUCAUAUAUUGCAUGACUCCAAAGUAAAUGCCGAAGAUACACCAUCAGACUUAUCAAAAUUCUUAAAAGAGGCUAUAGAAGAAUAUCUUAGCAUAGAAGAUAAAGUCAAAUUGCCAUUUAAUGAACAACUAGAAGAGUCAAAACAAAUACCAAUUUCAGAUUCUGAAAAGAUCAAUUCCGCUAGAUCCUUUGGAUGGCAAUUAGUUGAUAAAGUACGAGCACAAACUUAUUGGAGAGGAUGGAACUCGUUUACACGAAAAACGUUGAAAUUGGGUGAAACUGAUACCGCUAUUAUAGUUAAUGGCCGUUUUGUGGGUCCUUUUACUAAAGAAAAUUUGUUCGUCUCGGAUGAUUUAAAAUUAUUGCUUGAUGUGGAAAACGCAGAACGUAUCGAUCCUGUAGUGGAUGCCGUAAAAGCGUCCAAUUUAACAACGCAUUUGAAUGGUUCAAAUUAUUCGGAUUUUAUAGCGAAAGUGUCUUCUAUCAUGUCUGAAGCUACGACAUCGGAUGUUCCCGUUGGACUUUUCGAGGAACAAGAAUUAAAACGAGACCUUUCGUUUAAGGAAUUAAAGUCUGAACACAGUGUUUUAAUUGAUCCAAUAAGUGAAACAGCGCAAAAGUGGUCCACAAUCUUAAAGUUGAACCUAAAUGAAAUUCCGAUAAAGAGAUUUUACCGUUAUGUAUUAGAACCGAGAUUGAAAUUUAAUUCUACGACUGGUAAUCUGGUUCCUCCGUCCGCAUAUUUUUCAAAUUUACCCGAGGAUCCUUUGUUAACGCUCGGAAUCGAUGUAAUUCAAGCAUGGCUAGUAACACCCAAAGUUUCUAUUUAUGAUUUGGAUAAUAUCCGUUUGGCGAAUCUAGAUUCUCGUUCAAGGAUUAAAGGAGUCGAAUCGGUAUUUGAAUUGAAGAAUAUUCUUAUUGAAGGUCACGCUCGCGAUAUUACAUUAAAUGCACCACCAAGUGGGUUACAAAUAGUACUUGGUACCAAGAAUUCUCCUGCAAUGGUAGAUACUAUUGUAAUGGCAAAUUAUGGAUAUCUACAGUUAAAAGCAAAUCCUGGUGUAUGGAUAUUUGGCUUGAGAGAAGGGAAAUCUACAGAAAUAUUUGAUAUACAAAGUAGUGGAAGUGAAGGAUGGUAUAGUCGUAGUGUUGAAGAAAUCGGAAAUGAGAUUGUGUUAAAUAAUUUUGAAGGGUUAGUUAUUUAUCCAAGGUUUACUAGAAAUCCCGGUAAAGAGAAUGAAGAUGUAUUAAAAGUUGAAGAAAAAGAUGGAAUUUGGAAUUAUAUUAAAAACAA